CUAAAUACUAUUAUUCAAAAAAUAGAUAGAAUAUAAGCUUGGUGUUCUUUGCUUUUGAAGUCAUGCUCAUGCUGUCAGUUUAAAAACUGGUUUUAUUGUCAAUUUUCUUUACCCUUCAACAGUUGACAGAUUUUGAGCCAAAUGAUUUGGGAUAGUUCCAGCCUCUGCCACUGCCACGCUCCAAAGGAGGGGGGUGUUUGGUUUUCAGGGUAGAAAAGAGGAGUGGAAUAAAAGUUGGGAACCAGAAACAAGGAGGAGAGAGAGAGGGAGAGACAAAAAAUUGACUCGCAAAAAUGAAAGAAAAAAAACACCACCUUUCAAUACAAAAACAAUCCAAUCCCCUCAAAAAGCCUCCUUUGUAUUGUCCCAAUUCGUGCUCCUCAAAUCAGAAGUUUCAAAAACUGGCAGAAACAAACCCGAGGCCCAAAUCCAAAAGAAACUGAGUUGAGAACCCUUCUGACCUUUCCUCUUUCUCCAUUACUCGUUUCAGCUGUGGUUAGAUCCAUGGCCUAGAGCUUGAUACCAUGCCACUCUUAUAGCAUAAGCACCACAGAAAGAAAAAAAGAAAAAAAAGUCCAAUCUGGGAAUGGAGAUUGAAGAGUCCAUAAGUACUUGAUUCUUUCAAGUUUUGUUCUUCACUGUUGCAAGCAUCUCUGUUCAAAUAUAUAUAUAUAUAGACAGAGAGAGAGAGAGAGAGAGAGAGAGAGAGAAAUAUGCAAUCUGAAUCGGCCGAUCAUCAGGGGAGCGAGCAAGCUCGAUCGGCGGCGGCGGCGGAUACUCGAGGGAAGCAUCGAAUUUCGGCGGAAUUGAAGCGGCUCGAGCAGGAGGCUAGGUUCUUGGAGGAAGAGCUGGAAGAACUUGAAAAAAUGGAGGCAACCUCAGCUGGAUGCAAGGAAAUGCUGAGCAGUGUGGAACCAAAACCAGAUCCAUUACUUCCACUUACAAGUGGCCCGACAAAUCCUUCCUGGGAUCGAUGGUUUGAAGGACCCCAAGAAUCACAGGGUUGCCGUUGCUCGAUACUGUGACUUCCGGUUGACAGAGUGACUCCCAUUAACAAUGAGGCGUUGGUAGCUUAGAAACAUGUCAAGUUUUAGAGCAAUGCGUUGGCCGCGGCAAAUCCCAAUUGAAUUGUUCUUGUGCGGGAAAUUAUAGUUCAACCCUGAGCCUUAGGAAUUGUUAAUGAGAUACAUUUCACGGUUUGCAGCAAAUGCUUCUUCUUUUAUUAUCUACAACUGCUCUUCAUUGUUUCAUUGCCAAUAUGAUGCUCCUUUUGUAUAUAAAUGGUUUGAUUCUAA